CCAUCCACCAUCGGCUUCUCUGCCUUGUCUCCUUCUGUCUCCUUCUCCUCACCCAUCACUUCCCCCGAAACUAACACCCCGUUACUCCCCAGUCUCAGCUUUGGUCUCCAGCCCCGUCUGCCCGAGCUGACCUUUGCCUCCAGGAUUUGCCUGAAGGCCACCGAGGACCAUGACUAAGACAGAUCCUACUCCGAUGGCCCCUCCGCUUCUGGACAAGGAGGAAGAAGAGGAUGAGGAAGAUGAGCAGGUUCCGGAGGCCCCCAGCCCCACCCAGGAGCGCCGGCAGAAGCCUGUUGUGCACCCUUCUGCACCUGCCCCCCUCCCCAAGGACUACGCCUUCACCUUCUUCGACCCCAAUGACCCGGCGUGCCAGGAGAUUCUGUUUGACCCGCAGACCACCAUCCCUGAGCUGUUUGCCAUUGUGCGCCAGUGGGUGCCCCAAGUACAGCACAAGAUUGAUGUCAUUGGCAAUGAGAUUCUGCGUCGAGGCUGCCACGUGAACGAUCGUGAUGGGCUGACCGACAUGACACUGCUGCAUUACGCCUGCAAGGCUGGGGCCCAUGGAGUCGGGGACCCUGCUGCGGCAGUACGCCUCUCACAGCAGCUGCUGGCACUGGGCGCAGACGUAACCCUGCGCAGCCGCUGGACCAACAUGAACGCGCUGCACUACGCGGCUUACUUCGACGUGCCCGACCUCGUGCGUGUGCUGCUGAAGGGUGCACGGCCACGAGUGGUGAACUCCACAUGCAGUGACUUCAACCACGGCUCAGCCCUGCACAUCGCUGCCUCCAACCUGUGCCUGGGCGCAGCCAAAUGUUUGCUGGAGCACGGUGCCAACCCGGCGCUGCGGAACCGAAAGGGACAGGUGCCAGCGGAGGUGGUCCCAGACCCCAUGGACAUGUCCCUGGACAAGGCAGAGGCAGCGCUGGUGGCCAAGGAACUACGAACACUGCUGGAGGAGGCUGUGCCACUCUCCUGUGCCCUCCCCAAGGUCACGCUACCCAACUACGACAACGUCCCAGGCAAUCUCAUGCUCACCACAUUGGGCCUGCGCCUGGGAGACCGUGUGCUGCUGGAUGGCCAGAAGACGGGCACACUGCGGUUCUGCGGGACCACGGAGUUUGCCAGCGGCCAGUGGGUGGGUGUGGAGCUGGACGAACCUGAGGGCAAGAAUGAUGGCAGUGUUGGUGGUGUCCGGUACUUCAUCUGCCCUCCCAAGCAGGGUCUCUUCGCCUCUGUGUCCAAGAUCUCCAAGGCAGUGGACGCACCCCCUUCAUCUGUCACCUCCACACCUCGCACUCCCCGGAUGGACUUCUCCCGCGUCACUGGCAAAGGCCGCAGGGAACACAAAGGCAAGAAAAAGGCCCAAUUAUCUCCAUCUCUGGGCAGCCUGCAGCAGCGAGAGGGAGCCAAGACUGAGAUCGGAGACCAAGUCCUCGUAGCAGGCCAGAAACAAGGGGUUGUGCGCUUCUACGGGAAGACAGACUUUGCCCCAGGUUACUGGUAUGGCAUUGAGCUAGACCAGCCCACGGGCAAGCAUGAUGGCUCUGUCUUUGGUGUUCGGUACUUCACCUGUCCCCCAAAGCAUGGAGUCUUUGCACCGGCAUCCCGAAUUCAGAGGAUUGGUGGAUCCACUGACCCUCCUGGGGACAAUGUUGGAGCCAAAAAAGUACAUCAAGUGACAAUGACACAGCCCAAACGCACCUUCACGACAGUCCGGACCCCAAAGGACAUUGCUUCAGAGAACUCAAUCUCCAGAUUGCUCUUCUGCUGCUGGUUUCCCUGGAUGCUGAGGGCAGAGAUGCAGUCUUAGAGGCCCUGGACACCUGACAGAGAUGGCCCCCUCUAGCAUCUCCUGACACAAGGAGCCCCAAGUCACCCUGAGAUAGAUAUUCCCAGUAACACAUCCAGAAUAGAGACCCCCCACUAGCGAGCCCUUGUUAAUCACUGAGGCCCCAUUAUUAACAGAUUCCCCCAUGUUAAAUGCCCAAAUACAGACCCCGUGUUACCCAGAGAUUCCCUGAGUGUAGCUCCUUCAGGCUAGUCCCUAUCAACCCCUCAGAGCAGAGCCCCCAAUAACAGAUUUUCACGUCACCCCAAAUGAUGACCUUCUCCACAUAAUGCUCCACAGCAGAACAUCCCUGAGUCACUCAUCCCAGAAUCCUCCCCCAUUAAAAAACACCCCUUCCACCUCUUCCCAUCAAGUCCCCUUGAAAUAAACACAGGUCACAUUUCCAGAGC